CUCUCUAUCUAUCUCUGUCUCUCUGUUUGGGGGGACUGUUUGGACAGUGAUCCACAACUCCUUCUGGCUGCGAAUUUGGGGAGUUCCCAUGGCUGUGCCAGAGUUUCCAGAGAAAGAAAACAGCCAAAGGAAUUAUUUCACAUGCAUCCAACAGCCCCCACCUCCCUGCCUCCCGCAGGAAUGAUCUCAAACCCGAAUCCUCUCUGAAUCCUCCUUUAGCUCUGGCGAAAGAAAGAAUGGAUUAAGGACUCGAUCGUUCAAUGUGUGUGUGUGGAAGGUGGGGAGGAAAUCAGAGGUUCACUUCUUCCAAGACCCCUCCACUUCUUCCAAGACACCCUCCACUUCUUCCAAGAUUCCCCCUCCACUUCUGCCAAGACCCCACUCAACUUCUUCCAAGACCCUCACAGAAAGUUGGCUGAUGUGUCCUUCAAAUCCCAACCUUUGGGGUUUAACCGUUCGCUAGUUGUGAGCCGUGGCAUUCCCGAGUGGCAGCACAUGGCACCGGCUUUGCUCCCGACUCCCGGUCCCCCCCACGCAGCGCGGAUCGAUAGCACCACAUCCUGGAGCAGUAGCCACCACCGGAGCGCUGCGGCGAGUCAGCAUCUGCCACCGGAGAUAACGGGCAAUGGAAGAUCAAACGGAUAAAUGCAUAGUCACGAUCAUGGGAAAGUCGGAAAGCCAGAUGGAUAUCGUUGAGAAAUCCACCAAAUCGGUUAAGAGAAGCUGGACACCACUGGAAAUCGGUCUGGCGGUGUUGCUGGCGCUGAUGACGUGUGCGGUUGUGGCGAUGGUCGUAUUAUACUCGACCGAAAAGGGUGAGCGGCUGAACAAAAAUUCGGAAAAGGUUUGCACAACACAGGGCUGCAUUACCGCAGCCGCUCGGAUAAUCCAGAACAUGGAUUCCUCAGCCCAACCCUGUGAGGACUUUUACAGGUACGCUUGUGGGGGGUGGCUGAACCGCAACAUCAUACCUGAGACUAGCUCCAGGUACAGCAUCUUUGACAUCCUCCGUGAUGAGCUGGAGAUCAUCCUGAAAGGUGUCUUGGAAAGACCAGAUGAAGGGGAUCGCGAUGCUGUUAAAAAAGCUAAAUGUCUGUACAAAUCCUGCUUGAACGAAAGUUUAAUCGAGGAACGAGAUUCGGAACCACUCUUGCAUUUAUUGGAUGCAGUUGGAGAUUGGCCUGUGGCCACAAAUGACUGGCACAUCACACGAGAUGCUGAGUGGAGUCUUGAGAGGAUCCUGCCACGAAUGAACGCCGAUUACAACAAGAGAAUCUUGGUGGAUAUGUUCGUUUGGACAGAUGACAUGGACUCCAGCAGAUAUACGAUUUAUGUUGAUCAGGCUCUGCUCGGAAUGCCAUCCAGAGACUUUUAUUUCGGAGGUGGCAAUAACAAAAAGGUACGUGACGCCUACUUGCAGUUUAUGAUUUUAAUUGCCAAGAUGAUCAGAGAAGACAGAAACCUGACCAAGAACGACAUCUUUGUCCAAGAGGAAAUGGCCAAAGUCCUGGAAUUUGAAAUAGAAAUUGCCAAUGCAACUGCACCACAGGAAGAAAGACACGAUAUUACACAGAUGUACAACAAAAUGACACUUUCUCAGCUUCAGGAAAAGUUUGACCUCAAUGGAUUUAACUGGACCCAAUUCAUUCAAGGAAUCAUGUCAAGUGUAGACAUUGAAGUCUACCCAGAAGAAGAAGUUGUGGUCUAUGCUCCCAGAUACCUCCAGAAGCUUGAGUAUAUACUCCCCAAGUAUUCUAAAAGCACUAUUCAGAAUUACCUCAUCUGGCGACUGGUCAUAGAACGGGUUAGCAAUCUGAGCAGUCGUUUCAAAGAUGCCCGAGCCAACUACCGAAAGGCUCUGUUCGGCACCACUGUGGAAGAAGCCCAUUGGCGUGAAUGCACCAGCUACAUAAACAGCAACAUGGAGAGCGCGGUGGGGGCACUUUACGUGAAGGAAACGUUUGUUGGAGACAGCAAGAGAAUGGUUAAAGAUCUAAUCGAUAAAAUCCGAGAGGUGUUUAUUGAGGCGCUGGAUGAGCUGCAGUGGAUGGAUGAAACUUCCAAGGAAAAAGCGAGGGAGAAGGCCCUGGCGAUCAAUGAACAGAUCGGAUACCCAGACUACGUCCUUGAGGAGGGGAAUCCUAGACUGGACCAGGAAUAUGCACAUCUGGAUUUCAAUGAGAACACGUACUUCGAGAACGUCCUUGACAACCUCAAGGCCAACGCGCAGAAGAACCUGAAAAAGCUGCGUCAACGUGUGGACCGGGAUGCGUGGAAUAUCGGGGCUGCCAUCGUCAAUGCGUUCUACUCACCGAACCAGAAUCAGAUCGUAUUUCCUGCCGGAAUUCUCCAGCCUCCGUUCUUCAGUAAACACCAGCUCCAAACCCUGAACUUCGGAGGAAUAGGGAUGGUGAUCGGGCACGAGAUAACACACGGAUUUGACGACAACGGAAGAAACUUCGACAAAGACGGCAACAUGCUUGACUGGUGGAGCAAUUUCUCCGCGACCCAUUUCAAAGAUCAGUCGCGGUGCAUGAUACACCAAUACGGCAACUAUACCUGGGACUUAGCUGGAGGGCAGAACGUGAGUGGGAUCACUACCUUGGGCGAAAAUAUUGCAGACAAUGGAGGAGUCCGACAGGCCUAUAAGGCAUAUUUAAAAUGGAUGGAGAAAGAACAGGAAGAAAUGAAGUUACCAGGCCUGGAUUUGACCCACGAUCAGCUUUUCUUCCUCAACUUUGCUCAGGUGUGGUGUGGGUCUUACAGGCCCGAGUAUGCCAGCCAAUCCAUCAAAACCGACACGCACAGCCCACUGAAGUACAGGGUGAUGGGCUCUCUCCAGAACUUCGAUGCCUUCGCCGAGGCCUUUCAGUGCAAGAAGGGGAACCUGAUGCAUCCCACGCAGAAAUGCCGCGUGUGGUAAACAGCGAGCGAAGGUCCCGUCAGUUCAAACCAACGGCAAAAUCAUAAAGGUUCAAUGUGGUUGGAAGAAAGCAGUAUCGGCAGAAGCCAAUGGAUGUGCCUAACCAUUCUCCAGUCAAUCACCGCCAAGUUUAUCUGCUCUCCUCGCUGUCGCUCUGAGAGUUGUAUGCAAACGGAUGGAUGUGGGGGUGGGAGGAAAGUGAGGCGUUAACUGUUAAACAUUUUACACCGACUGUUUUAUACCGCGACCAGACUGUUAACUCUUACUUGCUUUUGGAAAUGACGUCAGGGUGCUUUUAACUAUUCGGUGGUGUCUACAAGGAAUGGAAGAGCUGUCUGUGUGUGUGUGUAUAUAUAUAUAUAUGUAUGUGUGUGUAAAUGGUUUAUCCUCAGUGAAUGACGAAAGGAGUCAUUUUAUAAUGACGGCAAAGGAAUCAUUUAGCUGAAAGGGCCUAUUGAUAUAAACUGGUCCCUCAAGACUUGGUGAAUGCUGCAUUUCUUUUGCAUGUUGGGGAUAUUUAACUGGCUGUUUCAUUGCCCAAAAUGCCCCGUUCUCAGUCGCUUGGAGCUGCUUCCCUCUGAAACAAAGUGAAACCGAAAUGUGUUCCUAGUUUCCAGUGCGUCAAUGUGAAACGCUGCACACUAUUGGCGUGAAUGAUUCAUAUGCACAUUUCUAACAAAAUAAAUAUAUUCUAUAUAUUAUAUAUAUAUCAAGGUGCCCCCAUGCAUUGUGUGUCAGUGUAACCAUCAGUACACUUCAUUUCAAGCUUCGAAAGCCUUCUGCAGUUGGUUUUGUCGUGCUUCAGUUUGGAAAUGAAGGUCUGUGUGGACUUUGAUUUCUUUGUAAUAUUUUUAGGAUUUACUCUGCAUUGUUCGUCAUGGAAAAAUGUACAAAGAUUAUUGGAUGAGUUGUCUUCUAUUGGGCUAUUUAAUCUCAACGCCUUGUGUGGACUUAAAUAUAUAUAUAUAUCUGCUCUGUCAUUAUUUCUCAUUAAAUACUUUAUGACUGUU